UUUAUAGGCAGCAGUGAGCAGUCAGAUUUCCACAUUCACACAGAGACAAACACAUCUGUCACUGUCUCCUUUUGCAGUGAAAACACUUUCAGGGAAGCCAGGAAUCUUAGAUCAGCUGAUAGUCACAUACAGUAUCAGUAAGAGUAGUGUUAAAAGGAGGUGCUAAGGACAAUUUACUCAAGUGCAGAGUGGACAUAGCUGUGGACAGUGAUGGAGACUAUGGUGUGUCCAAUGGGUGGGGGGGCCACAAGGCUGUACGGCGCCCUGACUCAGACCCUCAGCAGCAGCUCUCCUCUCGCCCUCCCUUCGCCCCAUCCUCCCGUGGACACAAACCUGGAUCCAGCUUUCUGCCAGGAGCAGAAGGUGUCCGAUCCAGUGGAGCUGCUUCGUCAGUGUGAGGAGGCCCUCGGGGACAGACCACCUCGCUUCCACAGGAAGUUCACUCACAUCAAUGAUGGAGACAGCGCCCCCAGCAGCCCCAUCAGGGUGAUGCAGUGGAACAUACUGGCCCAAGCUCUGGGCGAGGGACUUGACAGUUUUGUCCAGUGUCCCCCGGAGGCCCUCAGCUGGUCCCGCAGGAAGUACCUCAUCUUAGAAGAGAUCCUCACCUACCGACCUCAUAUCCUGUGUCUGCAGGAAGUCGACCACUACUAUGACACCUUACAGCCGGUCCUGGCAGGCCUGGGUUACAGCAGCAACUUCUGCCCUAAACCCUGGUCGCCGUGCCUGGAUGUGGAGGGCAACAACGGCCCCGACGGCUGCGCGCUGUUCUUCGAUCAGACGCGAUACGAGUUUGUGGACAGCGCAAACGUACGGCUCUCUGCUAUGAGAAUUCCAACCAAUCAGGUUGCUGUGGUGAUGAUGCUACGCUGUCGGAGCACAGGGAAAUGCCUGUGCGUGGCCGUGACUCACCUGAAGGCUCGUUCUGGCUGGGAGUGGCUCCGCAGCGCCCAGGGCUCCGACCUCCUGCGACACCUCCAGAAUCUGGUCCAGAAACACGGCAGCGGGCCCACGGGUGCCCCUAACUCUGACAUUCCUCUUCUCGUAUGUGGCGAUUUCAACGCAAUCCCCACUGAGGAGGUGUACCGACGUUUCACAGCGUCUCCUCUCGGUUUGGACUCGGCUUAUAAGAAACUCAGCCAGGACGGAUCGACCGAGCCGGAGUACACGACAUGGAAGAUUCGGCCCACAGGGGAAUGCUGUACCACUCUGGACUACAUCUGGUAUAGUCAGGACACACUGAGAGUGGACGCAGUUUUGGACAUGCCCACUGAGGAACAGAUUGGGCCAAACAGGCUUCCUUCCUUUAGCUAUCCGUCAGACCACCUCUCUCUGGUUUGUGACUUCAGCUUUAAGGAGAAGGAGUGACACGGAUAUGAUGUACUGACACACAGGAAGGGACGACGCUGUGGAGAGACAGUCUAGACUGGCUCCUGGUCGGAUUCACUGAAUGAGGAAGUGUGCAGAGGAGACCCCACGUCCGAGUGAAAGGGAGAGGAUGAAGACAGCACGCCGAGAGUUCAUACUGCCAACAUACUAGAGUGACUUAGAAUAAAGUGUUUGUGCUGUACGUGUGAGGUUCCUGUUUGAUGACUGUUGCAGUAUAGUAUUAUGUAGAUUUACUCCCUCUGAUUACACUCUUGUUGGUUUGCUAAUCACUUGGUGGACUGGGAAUUAAAGGGUCGCUUCACCUACAUCACCCACUGAUCGUUGUAUCUAGCGAUUCACAUAGCUGUUUUUAUUUGUUGAGGUUUUGAGAUUUCUGUGGGGUCCACCCCGAUUUAAUAGAGUUUAGGGCUACAGCUAAAGAUUAUUUAUAUUUUCUUUCUUGAUUGAUCUGUCGAUUAUUUACACCGUUAAUCAUUUAGUUAGUGAAAAUUGCUCAUCACAUUUUCACAGAACGCAAAGUGAUCUCCUCAAAUUGCUUCUUUUGUCCCACCAACAGUCCAAAAGCCAAAGAUUUACUAUCAAUAAUGACAAGAAAAUCCGCAAAUCCUUGAAUUUAGGAAGCUGGAACCAGCAGAUGUUUGACAUGUUUGCUUAGAAAAGGACCAAAUUGAUUAAUCGAUUGGUUUAGUUAUUAUCAACUAAUCGUUGAUCGUUGCAGCUCUAACAGUGGUGAAUGUAAUUCUGCUUGUGGUGCUCAGAGCAUUGAAGAACUAAGUCUAAAGAUUUUACUGCAGUGCAUCCACGAAGAAACAAUGUCCUGGUUACUGGAAGAAAUAGUCCCUAUAAAAACUGCUGACAGCGUACUCUUGGGUUAACCAGAUUAACUGAGUCAUUGUUUCUGAAAAGGUACUGCUGUUGCAACGUAUUUGUUUAACGCUUUGAGCAACACAAACUAAAUUCCAUUCACCUCCAUUUUAUCGGGACCGGUGUAAAUAUAAUCAAAGCUAUCUGCAUAGCUAGAUACCAGGAAGUGUAUUCUGUAAUUUGGCUGAAUUGACCCUUUUAAAAGGUCACUUUAAUGCCACUCAUUCUGGAUAAUCCUCAAAAUGCCUAAGAGACAGCCCAGAGACUGGCAGAACGUUUGCCAUUAGGAUAGGAAAUAAAGUCUCCCUGUACAGUGUCAGAACACCACAUAGGUUCAUGUUCCUGUCAUUUACCACCUGUUGACACAUUACACUGUAUGUGCUCACCUUACAGUAUGUCAAACUGAAACACUGUUUUUAAAGGUCACACAAACUAGAAUGUCAAAGGCUACCUCAGACUUUCAACACGAGUUCAUGAACAUCUUUUCAGCUGCAGCACAAGUGAAUCCCACCCUGAUUUAUCUUUGUUCUGUAAAGUCAACUGGGUAGAAGAACAAAGGAACCACAGAAACAGUCUGCACUCGAUAGAAAAUAAAUGUUAUCUGUGUUUAACCUCCAAACAUCAAUGUUAACCUAAGAAACUGUAAAUCAAAUACAUAAAACCACGAUGAAAACGA